AUGUUUCGCCUUAGCAAGGCUUCAAUAAUUAGCGCUGGAAUAGGCGUUCUAGUGAUUUUUUCGCUGGCAAAGUCUGCAGAGAUUUUUAAAAGGAGGUCAGCCAGAGAGAUAGAAAAGGAACCAGAGGCGAGUUUUCUGAUAGAAGGCUCAGGAAAUUCAUGGAUAGAAGAUUACUACCAAGAUAACCAAGAGGGGUCUGGACUAUGGGCGGACCUUUUAUACGAAUUCGAGGGGCAAGUAAGCUUGAAGAAAGCAGGAGGAAAGAAAGAAAAGCCAGAGAAAGAUGCGAGAAUAGCUUUCCGACGCGAAAGACAGGAAAGAAGGAAAUCCUACAAACAGUCGAAGCUGCUCGGCAUGAAGUUGAGCAAAAGGAAACUGAAGAAAAUGAACGCUACAUUGACGGAAAUGUGGAAGUCGCAGGCAUCAGAUUGGGAGAAGGCCGACCGUCGAACGUGGGAAUUUGAAAGAUUCCAGCAAAGAAGCUUUGUGGAGGAACUGUCGAAACUUCCGGAUCAGUUUGUUGGCCAUGAGGGUCACGAGGAUCUGGCUCCAGCUGUUUCGUCCCUUCUCGAUCUCGGCAACUGCGGAAGAUGGCGCGGCGAGGAGCGCCCGCUGAACAUCUACUUUGCCGUCCAGUCGACAUUGCCGCUGCACGCGACGUCAAAACGAACCGCCGUUUCUGAAAUGAUGACCUUUAUUUCGGAGCUCGUCAGGGGCAUAGAUAUCAAGUCCAAUCGCGUCCGAGUCUAUGAUUACAACGAUGCCAAUGAUCCUGGAGCGGUCUAUAGAUCAUCCUUGACAAACACGAAAAAGAAGCAAGCAAAGCAGCUCCGCCAGAUUCAGAAAUCCACUCGUGCUAAAUCCACCACCGCUCGGCCGAAGAUCAAGCCACUCAUUGAACGCAUCAAUAAGGAUUUGGAAAAGGGAGAGCAAACUACUCUCAUGUCGGGCCACACCAACAUUGUCGUCCUUUUUAUAACGAACAUUCCUGAUGAUCUGCACCAAGUCAACGAGGAAUACAUCAAUUCUGAGAUCGAGAAACUCAACAAAAACGCUUUUGUCAUCGUUGUUUUCAUCCAUCCGCUUUCUCAAACGCUCUUGCGCACGGUUCCUUAUAGGAUUAUCCCGAAAGCAUGGACUCACGGUCUGCGUGACAAUGAAUAUGCCCAGCGCUACUUAGUAAAGAGCUUCAAGGAGUUAUCUUCCGGAAAAGCUGAGCAUCUGCGCGCGAGCAUCAAGAAUAUGAUGUGUCUUGUCGACGAAAGGCUACAAUGUCGCCUCGGAAAUCGCCCAUGGAAUCAUAGCUCGGGUCCUUCACCGAGCUUGGCUGCUCGAAGUAAAACGUCAAUCGACUCCUGCUGUGGGCAUGAAAUCGCAUCCAAGGCCUACGACUCGAGAUUCAAAGCUUGCUGCAAAGAUGGAACCCUCAAAAGCUGGCAUCCCGACGGAUCGAACCCAUGCAAUGACGAUUCUCUUUAG